CUGAUUAUAAAUUUAACAUAUCAUUUCAUCAUUACCUCACUUCGUCAGAAUGCAGACAUUGACAGCCCUCGCACUACUGCUUGCGGUGAACUACGUUCUUUGUGAACAAGUUUUGUACGACAGGAAACAUCAUAGAGCCAUCAUUGUACGGCCAGGAACAGGAUGUUACGAGUAUCACAUGAACCACCAGGAGUCGCAAGAUUCUAAUGAUGAUGCUCUCAGACCAGCUCUCGAGACUAAGAUGAUCGAUAAACUAAACUGUAGCACAGAUAUCCAUGAAGUCGGCCAUCACAGCAUUGACCACCUCACCUCAGAGAUCAAGACCGCGUGUUCUACCGUACCUGUAUACGGAUUCGAUCAGACCGGAUGUGUCUCUUCAUCUUCCAUGCCAAUCAUUUCCGGUUCCCCUCUUUCAAGUGCAAUGCCAUGAGCGUGUCUUGACUGGACAUGUUGAGGAGUGUUUCAACAUCCUGUAAAGCGUAUUUGUUUGAGUGAUUGUUGAGGAUUAUAUAUCUAUAAGCUGUAUUUCUUUAAAAGAAUAAUAAAUAGUGUUUUUAUUUUUU